AUGAUGAGGAAGGCAUACUCAGUCAGCAGCUCCAGUGGCGGCAGCACCAGGAGGUCUUUUGCUGGGCCAGGAAGCAGCUAUUCAGUGAAAAGGACCAGCUAUGGGGUCGGUUCUAGCAUUGGUUCUGGGAUGUCCUCCAUGGGUGGGAGCUCCGCUGGUUUUGAGUUUUCUUCUGGCCAAACAGCAGGCUGUUACAUCGCUCCACUGAUCACAGCUGUCCAGGUAAACAAGAGCCUGCUGACCCCUCUGAGCCUGGAGAUUGACCCCACCAUCCAGGCUGUCCGCACCCAGGAGAAGGAGCAGAUCAAGACCCUCAACAACCGUUUCGCCUCCUUCAUUGACAAGGUGCGUUUCCUGGAGCAGCAGAACAAGAUGCUGGAGACCAAAUGGAGUCUCCUGCAGGAACAGACCACCACCCGCUCAAACAUCGAAGGCAUGUUUGAGGCCUACAUCGCCAACCUGCGCAGACAGCUGGAAGGGCUGGGCAAUGAGAAGGUCAAGCUGGAGGGCGAGCAGAAGAACAUGCAGCUCCUGGUUGAGGACUUCAAGAGGAAGUAUGAAGAUGAAAUCAACAAACGAGCAUCUGCUGAGAACGAAUUUGUGCUACUGAAGAAGGAAGUUGACGCUGCCUACAUGGACAAAGUGGAGCUGGAGGCCAGAGUUGAUGCUCUUCAGGAUGAAAUCAACUUCCUCAGGGCUGUCUAUGAGGCUGAACUCCGUGAGCUUCAGGGCCAGAUCAAGGACACCUCCGUCAUCGUGGAGAUGGACAACAGCCGCAACCUGGACAUGGACGCUAUUGUGGCUGAAGUGCGUGCACAGUAUGAGGACAUUGCCAACAAAAGCAAGGCUGAUGCAGAAUCCUGGUACAAACAGAAGUAUGAGGAGAUGCAGACCUCUGCUGGACAGUAUGGCGAUGACCUUCGCACAACCAAAGUUGAGAUCGCUGAGCUUAACCGUAUGAUUGCCCGUCUUACGAAUGAGAUCGAUGCCGUUAAAGGACAGAGAACCAGUCUCGAGGCUCAGAUUGCGGACGCUGAGGAGCGUGGUGAGCUGGCCGUAAAAGACGCCAAACUCCGCAUCAGGGAUCUGGAGGAUGCUCUGCAGAGAGCCAAGCAAGACAUGGCCCGCCAGGUGCGAGAAUACCAGGAGCUGAUGAACGUCAAACUGGCCCUGGACAUCGAAAUUGCCACCUACAGGAAACUGCUGGAAGGAGAAGAGGACAGGCUGGCCAGUGGAGGAUCCAACGCAACCAUCCACGUCCAGCAGUCCUCUGGAGGAUUCUCAAGCGCCAGCUCCAGUGGUGGAUUUGGUUUCGGUGGAGCUUAUGGUGGCAUUGGUGCCCCUGUUGUCAAGUCCUCUGUUUCAUCAGUCAGUUCCAGGAGAGUCUAUUAA